AAACAGUGGAACGACCCAUGUGGAGAAGCAUCCACAGAGACAAGCAUCCACAGAGACCUCUCCCUCUGGGGCAGCUGGUUGAGAGGCCUCUCAGGGCCAGGAGUCCUCAGGAUCCCCACAGAGGGUAGCCUCGACAACCACGGCCUCGGAGCCCAGACAGAAGGGAGGACAGUGGGAUUAGGAAGACAUUUCAGCCCUCACUGGGACGCUCCUUCUCCACCAUCCUACAGUUCCCUCACCACUGUUCUCCGGAGAUGAUGGAUUCCCGAGAUCCCUCCCGGUCGGCCCAGCAUCUGUCCCUGCCGGGCAGUCUCGCACUCCUUGUCCUUCUCCGUUACACAGUGCUGGGUGAGGGAGAGUUUGCCGUGAUCGGCCAUGGGGACCCCAUCCUGGCCAUGGUCGGGGAAGAGGUUGAGUUCCCCUGCCACCUGCUGCCUGAGCUGGACGCCGGGGCCAUGGAGGUGCGCUGGUUCCGGGACCGGUUCACUGACAUCGUCCACACCUACUACGACCGGCAGGACCAGUUCGACAUGCAGAUGAGGGCCUACAGGGGCAGGACGGAGUUCCUGAAAGACGGACUGCAGGAUGGGAGUGCCACCCUGAGGCUCCACGGAGUCAUCCCUGCAGACGAGGGGCAGUAUGGCUGCCUGAUCCUCUCCGAGACUUUCUCCAGCCACGCCACAUGGGAGCUGGAGGUGGCAGGACUGGGCUCGGACCCUCACAUCUCCUUUGAGGGCUACCAGGAUGGCGGUAUCCAGCUACGAUGCAGUUCGGGGGGCUGGUACCCCGAGCCUAAGGCCCAGUGGAAGGACCCUCAAGGGCAGUGUCUGCCCUCCCUGUCAGAAACCAAGUUCCAGGACUCCCAGGGCUUAUACCACCUAGAGAUGUCGCUGGUGACCAGGGAACGGUACCACCGAAAUGUAUCCUGCUCCAUCCAGAACCCCCUCCUGGUCCAGAAGAAAGAGUUCACCCUCCAGAUAGCAGAUGUGUUUUUGCCUCAAGUCUCCCCGUGGAGAGGAGUUUUUCCUGGAAUUUUAGGGUGUCUCCUGCUCCUCUUUGCACCCCUGGCUGGCCUGGUGCUUUACUAUUUCCGGAAGCAAAAGAAAUCCAGAGAUAAACUGAAGAACAAGACAGAGAAAGAAAAAGAGAAACUCACAGUCAAGCUAGAGAAACUUCAGACGGAACUUGAGUGGAGAAGGACAGAAGGCCAGGCCGAGUGGAGAGCGGCCUGCAGAUACGCAGUGGACGUGACCCUGGAUCAGGACACGGCUCACCCCAUGCUUCAGGUCUCCGAGGACAGGAAGAGUGUAACCUACGGUGACACCAAAGCCGAUCUGCCUGGGGACCCCAAGCGAUUUGAGAACUGUCCCUGUGUCCUGGGCCAGGAGGGCUUCAUUUCGGGGCGCCAUUACUGGGAAGUGGAGGUGGGGCAGAAGACCAGGUGGUUCCUGGGGGUGUGCCAGGAUGCCGUGGAGCGAAAAGUAGAGGUGAGGAUGUCUCCGGGGACGGGUUACUGGGUGCUGGGGCUGUGGAACAGCGCCGAGUAUUUUAUCUUGGACCCUUACCGCGUCUCUGUCACCCUGAGAGUACCGCCCCGUCGGGUGGGGGUUUUCCUCGACUACGAGGGAGGCAGGGUCUCGUUCUUCAACGUGACCGACGGCACCCACAUCUACACCUUCACGGCCACCUUCUCCGGGACCCUCCGGCCGUAUCUCCGGCCCCGUUCUCACGAUGGGGGAGAGCACGCCGCCCCUCUGACCGUGUGCCCGGUGCCGGGCAGGCCCGAGGCCGUGGAUGAUUGUGACACCUGGCUGCAGCCCUAUGACACUCCGGACACCAUUUUGGGCCAGUGGUGAGGAGCGCUCUGCAUACAGUAUACCCUUAAUAAACACCACUGAUGGAACGAUUGAACCCCUACUCGUCCCUUCAGGGGCGUGUCCCGACCCUUCUCUCUCGGGGUUUCCGCUCACUGUUCUUCCCUCUGCUCCUCAGCUUCACAGCCAGCACUACAGCCUCCCAUGGCGUCUGCCAACUUUGCUAUAUUAUACUCUCCCGAGAGCUUAGUAUAGGGCCCUGCACACAGUAAGUGCUCAGUAAAUACUCCUCAAUUAUUCCAGCUAAUCCUUGAGCGUCCACACUCCCACCAAGGGGGACGAGGAAAAGAUGAACCAUAAAAAUCCACCAGCAAUCCCCAAAACUCGUAUUUGUCUCCACGUCUCCUUUCCUCCCAGAUUUUUACCAGCCUAGAUUACACUGACUCUAUUUUUCAAGCCCUCACUAUGUGCCGAACGCUGCAAGAGAUAUAAAUUAAUCAGGUCGGGCACAGACUGCCAGCCCCAGGUGGGACAGAGACUAAGUAGGAGGGAGAAGAGGUAACCGACCCUUGUUUUGCAGACGAAGAAACGGCAGGCAAAUGACGGAGCCAUUUUGUAGAAUGAUUUCAGAGCAAAUUCAGACUGCCCGGGAAGACUAUAAACUCCCGCUUAGACUGUGAGCACCUUGUGGACAGGGAACGUGUCUGUCAUUCAUUUAUUCAUUCAGUCGUAUUUAUU